ACAGCACACAGCAUUUUAAUAUCAGUGAGGUCCACAGCUAGCAGUAAGAGCUGGUGUAAUUGAAAGACGUUUAGGUGCAAUCAUUCUGCUGUCUGUUCCUUGCCAGGUUCAACAUGGGAUUGUCACGCAAAUCAUCAGAAGCAUCUGCUUGCUCCUCUUCAGAAGUAUCUGUGAAAGAGUUUCUAGCCAAAGCCAAAGAAGACUUUCUUAAAAAAUGGGAAAAUCCUGCUCCGAAUAAUGCCGGGCUGGAGGAUUUUGAAAGGAAAAAAACCCUUGGAACAGGUUCAUUUGGAAGAGUCAUGUUGGUGAAACAUAAAGCCACUGAACAGUAUUAUGCCAUGAAGAUCUUAGAUAAGCAGAAGGUUGUUAAACUGAAGCAAAUAGAGCACACCUUGAAUGAGAAAAGAAUAUUACAGGCGGUGAAUUUUCCUUUUCUUGUUCGACUGGAGUACUCUUUUAAGGAUAAUUCUAAUUUAUACAUGGUUAUGGAAUAUGUCCCUGGGGGUGAAAUGUUUUCACAUCUAAGAAGAAUUGGAAGGUUCAGUGAACCCCAUGCACGGUUCUAUGCAGCUCAGAUAGUGCUAACAUUCGAGUACCUCCAUUCACUAGACCUCAUCUACAGAGAUCUAAAACCUGAAAAUCUCUUAAUUGACCAUCAAGGGUAUAUCCAGGUUACAGACUUUGGGUUUGCCAAAAGAGUUAAAGGCAGAACUUGGACAUUAUGUGGUACUCCAGAAUAUUUGGCUCCAGAGAUAAUCCUCAGCAAGGGCUACAAUAAGGCAGUGGAUUGGUGGGCAUUAGGCGUGUUAAUCUAUGAAAUGGCAGCGGGCUACCCCCCAUUCUUUGCAGACCAACCAAUUCAGAUUUAUGAAAAGAUUGUUUCUGGAAAGGUCCGAUUCCCAUCGCACUUCAGUUCAGAUCUCAAGGACCUUCUAAGGAACCUGCUACAGGUGGAUUUGACGAAGCGGUUUGGAAACCUGAAGAAUGGCGUGAGUGAUAUAAAAACUCACAAGUGGUUUGCCACCACAGAUUGGAUUGCUAUUUACCAGAGGAAGGUUGAAGCACCAUUCAUACCAAAGUUCAGAGGCUCUGGAGAUACCAGCAACUUUGAUGACUAUGAAGAAGAAGAUAUCCGCGUCUCUAUAACAGAAAAAUGUGCAAAAGAAUUUUGUGAAUUUUAAAGCUGAGCAACAAGAUAACAUCAGAGCUUACACUCAGUCUUUGCACUCUGUUGAGAGAUACGGUGGAGCUGAGACCGUCCUUGUUGAAGCAGUUACCUAGUUCUGUCAUUCCAGCGACUGAGUGAGGUCUUUAUUGCCAUCCGUGUGUGCGCUCUGCAUCCACCUAUGUAACAAGGCACCGCUAAGCAAAGCAUUGUCUGUGCCAUAACACACAACUAGACACUUUCCUGCUUCCCUUUGGUUUGUCUUUCUCCUCCCCUACGUCCAUUUCUUCCUUUUUUCAUUUUCAUCAGUUUUUCUCCAAACAGUACUCCAUUUUAUUUUGUUGGUGUUUCAGAUGGGCAGUGUUAUGGCUCUGUGAUAUUUGAAAGGAAGGAUGAGUGUUGCCUUUGGUAGUUCUUGCCAUUAUUUUUGUUGGUCAGUGGCUUGAGGAUAUACUUCCAAUAACUGUUUUUACUUUGAGUAGCUCAGACUCAGUUUUGCCAAAACUUUUGACAAUUUUUGAAGACAGAAUGUCUUAUCAACAAGGCAGUUUAUACAAAACAAAACAGUAACUUUCCUAGAAUUCACUGUUCUGGCAAGACACUUGGGUAGACUAACCUAGAGUAGCUAGACCCAGCAAUUUGGAUUCCUGAAGAUCAGAGGCUCUAUUUCCCUUCACUGCCUUUUGUAUCAUCUUCCCCUCGAGUAAUUAAGUGACCAGCUGUGCAGUGUGACAAAUGUGUCUCAUUCACAGGAAAAACUAAUGCUAUGGAUCAUCGCUUGGUACCAGCCUUUCUGUAGGUAUUAGAGCUAGCUCUAAGAUUUCUAAACCUUCACUCCUCCAUAAGGGUUUUAGCCAGUAUUUUAACAGAACAUGACUGAUGAAGAAAGUGACAAUUUUUUUAGUUUCUCAAAUAGUCCUCAUUGUAAACUUUUUAAAAGAAAAGAAAUGAACUAAAAAGAACAUUAAUGCGGACAAAUACUUCGCUGAGUCAAACAAAUGGCUUGAUACUUGUAAACGGUAUAGAGACAUUCUUAUUUAUAUGAGGUUUUUGUUUGUUUUGCUUUGCUUUGUUUUGUCACAGUUAAGAACAAAAGGAAUUAUUGCCAGGUUAUUCCGGUAUAAUCUGUAUGUCAGCCUGAGGUAGAACAAAAGGAAUUAUUGCCAGGUUAUUCCGGUAUAAUGUGUAUGUCAGCCUGAGGUAGAACAAAAGGAAUUAUUGCCAGGUUAUUCCGUUAUAAUCUGUAUGUCAGCCUGAGGUAGAGGCGCUGUUGAAGCUUCAGCUUUCAUCUUAUGCCUCAUAAAUGAGGAAAAGGGACAAAGUUUUUAAAACUGCCACAACUGUAUUUUAAUUUUGAGGUGUGAUAUUUUUAGACAUGUCAGAAUUUCAAGCCUCUUUUCUUUCAGGAAACAGAAUGUAUGAUCAUGCAGAUACAAUUUUAGUAUUUGAGUUUAAUUUUUUUAUACUUCCUUGCCAACAAAAUUGCUGUCAUGUGGAAAUUUCAAGCACUUUUGCACAUUUAGUUCAAUGUUUGUUGAGAAUCCAUGGCUUACCUCCGUUUUUUAAAUAUUUUUUUCUUUGCUUUUAAAUUUUGCCAUCUGAUUUUAUCUCCAUGUGUCAGUGACCUAUCUUAAAACAACACACCAAAAGAGUCAAAAAUAAACUGUGUUCAUUUUUUAUGAUCAAUUUACAUGCAUAUAAGUUGUUUUUAAUCAAACCAAUCUUAGUGUAUAUAAGCAUUCUAUUUGCUUCAUUAUUGGUGCAGGUCACUGACUCUUAUUUCUUUUCCUCUGUACCACACCUCUGUAAAACCUUUGAAGACAUUGAAAAAAGCCUGUCUGGAAUAUUCUCUGCAUCAAUCUGUACAUCUUUUGGUUGUCAAGUGUUUUUGCAUGGUUAUGUCAUUUAAAAGCUGAUACUGAUUUCAGUUGGUCCACCUAUAUUUAAAAUGUGCAAGAAAAAUAUGAAAUACUUUGCUGUAUCAAGUUUUAUGUGACAAAAAUAUAUCAUCAUGUUAAUAAAUUUAAAACAUCAUUUGUAUAAAAUAUCUUAAUGAGUUUUUGGCCCAAGAACAUGCUGAUCUUUGUAUUCUAUGUGUAUGCUACAAAUUCUAUGGUAGCUUUAUUGUAUAUUAUUGUAAAAUUAUUUUAAUAAAUCAUGGGUAUGACAAUUUGAUUAUUACAUUUUAGUUUUCAGCAAUUAAAAAGAUUUCUGUAAGUUCUAAAAAAAAAUGUUUUAAAUAAAAUUACUAUUGCCCUGCACAACUUGCCGUAAACUCUGCCUGGGCAGAUGUACCCCUAGGCGUACAUUGGUUUUGAGGGCUAUUUCGCCAUUCCUGUUUUACUCUCCAUUUAAAGGACAUGAGCAAGCUUUCAGAUAUGUCAAGGGAGUCUAUUUCCAACCAAUCAAGUACACUGAAUUAGAAUAUCUUAAAGUUAUAUAAAACGCACAGUUUUAACCACAGUUUAGCCAAGAACAAGAUAAAAACUUAAGAAAUAAGUGGAAUGAAUCAGUAUUUAACCUCAGAUUACAUUAUUUGAAACAGAAGAAAUUACAUUUUUCCUCAGUAAAUAAUAAGGAGAUGGCAUUGCAGAGGAAGGACCCCCCGACUCAAAGUCAAAGACAUCUGGGUCUCAAGCUGGUCUGUCACAGUCAGCAUGACCUUGGCCUUAGCUCUUCAAAAUGAGAUCCAUUAGGCAGUUUCUAAGGUCUUUUCUAAUUUUCACAUGUCAUGACAAGAUUCUUUUUAUUUGACAGUUUGAAGGGAUAAUGUGCUUUGAAGUGAGUCUUGGUAAGGCGAUAUUUUAGGGCCUUUCUUCUCCUUAUCUCUUACAGUGUUCUUACAGUUUUUUGAAUAUCAUGAGGACCUCAUGUCUGUUUUGAUUCCUUCCUCCUUCACUGAUGCUAAAUAUCCAAUUGAUAUCAAACUGUCAACCUACCAAAAAAAGAUACUGUGGCUUGUGGGUAUUGCUGUCUUGUUUUUGAUAUGUUCUUGUAUUGACUGCCCAUUGGCCUGAAAAUACUCAUCGUAAGCCUAAAAAAAAAAAAAAAAAAAAAAAAAAAACAUUUUUCUUUCCCACUGACUGUUUUAUCUGCUUGUUGUAAGACUCAAAUGAAAUAAUGUAUGUGGAAGCACCUUGUAAACUGUAACCUAUCAAUGUAAAAUGUUAAGGUGUGUUGUUAUUUCAUUAAUUAAUUCUUUGUUUAGAAUGGAAUUUCCUAUGCACUACUGUAGCUAGGAAAUGCUGAAAACAACUGUGUUUUUUAAUUAAUCAUAACAGCAAAAUUAAAGUAUCUUCAAAGGGUAAAA